UCAAUAUAAGUGUCGUCUGCAGGUGGUAGCAGACGGCCUAGAGAAACCAUCGCAUACAAAGGACUCGCCUGCUCAGUGGGGUUUCGGUGUAGGUAACUUUCUGCCUGUUAUUGUUGACGAUCACACGUUCACAGCUAUUUGAUUUCACACCUUAUGUCAUCCGUCGAUUUCCAUCAUGUUCAUCAGUUGUGAAGCCAAAUGGGCGUAGUUGGCCUUGGUGACAAAACCAUUUUAACAACUUUCGCCGACUGUAAUUGAUUAUUGGACGAUGUAAAUCAACGCCACCUGUGCCCCAGGCUAAUAAUACUUCGCCAACCUGGGCAUUAGCAGAGAUCAUACUCCGGUAUAUGGUAUCUGACAUUAGUGAGAGCCCGUCCACUCCUUGACCACUGGGCAACAACGUAAGCAUGCUAGAUAAUGGAAACACCGACCACAGUUGAUCUGAAGGAAAAUGGAUAUUCGUCUUUUUUUCGGAUUGGGUUAAAGUGAAAAGUAUCUGUUAUAUUGAUCAAGACCAGAGGUUCACAACUGAACGUGAAAGACGGUACCGAUAAUGACGACCUGUUGGAUUAAACGCAGAAGAAAGUGGACAACGUAAGCGUUGAAAUUGGACAUUUGCAGCAUAUGUUACUUCGGAAUAUAUGCAUUACGAAUACGGAUUAAUUUAAGCUUGUGUCAUUCUACUUGAUCUGGAUUAUUCCCUGUUAUUAGCACGUGUAUGUCAAGGCAACACCGACGAGCAAAAGUGUAAAUAUGCUCGACCUGCCAGUAUCUUCAUCCACACUGAUGAACCAGCGAGUGGAUUUUACGCUGGCGGAACACUUGAUUAUUACUGCAAUGAAUUAAUAUAUACUGCGUUCUCACUAAGAUAGGUUCGUGUUUGGGUUUGAAGAAGAAUUGAUAUUUCCAACGCUGCCAUUUUUAGAGGAUAUAGCGGAACAGAUUCAAGUGGUAUGGUGGUUGCUGGACAAUUCCAGCAACGUUCGUACUUGUGAAGGAAAACUAAAUUAACUGAUAUGAUAAUGGUAAACGUUUGUAAUAUUACCAUUGAUGACAGUUGAAUCAUUUGCGUGACAAACUUAUAGGACUCGUGUCGUGUAGAGAUCUGCACAGUAGAUGCAUAGGAAUUACACCGCCCCGGUCCAUCGGGGCCCAGUGCUAGACCCUUCUUUUAGCAGGAAGGACUCGGACAAUAAGGUACCCCAACAGGCUAUGUCCACAAAGAUCCUGGGUCUAGGUCUGUUUUUAGUUGGAGUACUUCUGUUAUCUGUUGCUCUCAUCAUUGGACUGGAGUUUCCCAAAUAUGUGCGCACUAAAAUAAUUGAAGACCAGUGUAUUCUAAACAAAGAUCAUUCCAAGUUUGAAUCGUGGAGAACGGGAUCUCAGUGGAAGCGAAUGAAUCGUAUCUAUUUUUGGGUGCUUGAAAACAAAGAAGGCUUUCUAUUUCACGGAGAGGAACCCAAGGUAAAAGAGAGAGGUCCUUACGUCUACCGCGAGACGGAGGAAAAAACUGACAUCACGUUCAACGUUAACGAAGUGUGGCUUCGACUGCGAAGACGGAAUGUGUUUGAUGCGUCUCUCACUGCCUACGAGUGCGGCUUUGACUGCACAGAACAAGAGCCGUUGACAGUUAUCAAUCAGGAUUUUCUUCAAAAGACGACAAGUUUUGGGUCGGAAUCAGACUACACUAUAGCCGCGAUUCCUUCCACUCUGACAACAGCCAUGAUUAACCUUGGCAUUGAUGUAUUCAAAAACAUCACCGACAAACUUCCUGCCUUGGGGUGUUUGAACACGACAUGUGACGCAUAUUGGUCGACGCGAUUACCUUCGACCACAGACUUGAACGAGUUGUCAUUUGGUGUGUGGAUUCGCAAAAACGACACGUCAUAUAAAUCUGUGAUAUUGACUGAGAAAGGACAAAGCUCUUUUACGGAAGAGGAGCUGGUGGGGUUAUAUAAUCUAUUAACAUCACCUUCUUUGCUCAGCGGUAACUCGUCUCACACGGAGUGUUUAUCGUGGGCGAGUCAAAUAGGCUGUGCCUUCGCUGUUCCUGAUGGGGUGAACUCAAAUGUAGAAUGUGGUAUUAUUCCUCUGCUGAAUAUUUUCAGUUCGGGAUCUGUGUCGUGUUUUCAAAACUUCUCUGCUCAAAUCCAACAUUUUCUAUGCAGUCAGCAAAACCCUAGUCAUUGCUUUGUCCUUCCUACUAACAUACAAGCAUCAACUGCCUACAUAGAAGCUAUAACAGCGUUCAUAUUAUCACAUAUAGCCGCAUUUGUUCACGAAGCCGCCAUUGUGAGUCUUCAGAACGAUCUGGUGACGACGAGAAAUCAGUCUGAAUUGGCAUUUGGGUACUUUCGGGAAGGUCAAGAUAAGACGACCAUUUUUGUGCCAGGUGUAUUUUCUGACCCGUGGUCCAGUCUGGGGUCCAGUCUGGGACCCAGUGAAGGAUCUAGAAGUGAGCUGAGUUCAGUUUGGACGCUGGCCACGUGUCUUCAGGACCGGGAUACUGACAACAAUAUGAUGGUUAAAAAAAUCAACGGAAGUCACCUUGCCCCGAAAGGUCUUCUUAAAGCUAGUGAAAUGAAUGUCUAUCUCUCCUCACACACGGACUUUGUACCAGCCUGUGGUCAACUACAAGCAUGUGUUGCUUGUCAACCAGCUCAGAAGUCUCCCAAAGUCUAUAUUCCAGAAUUGUGGAGGAGUGUGUAUUUUAACGGUGACACCCCGUCCUCAAUGUUCGACAACGCUGUAUACACAUUUUAUAUGGCUAACGACACAUUUUCAAGCCAUGGAGCUUACGACGUUCACGAUGGUGUGCAGAACAUGGCGGGACUGUACUCCUACCUUGUGUGGAUGAGCAACCCUCACUUCGUUCACUCGUCUGGAUCACACCCCAUUGGAGCUCAGUCGGGAGGGUCCAUCACAAAGCAUAUAUCUUCUAUUGACGUGGAGCCAGAUACUGGUCGACUUUGGCAGCGGAAAUUCCGCUUCCAGUUCAACGUUGGAGUGACAGCCAAAAAUAUCAACGCCAAACGAAGGAAGUUAUUGAAAGUGUCGUACCUCGGUCGACCUAUCCCACUCUACUGGAUAGAGAGAAGUGCUGAAAUAUCAGAGGAUGAAACAGGCCACUACAAUUAUAAGGUUGGUCGGUUGAUGAGAGUGUCAUGCGGAGGUCUCAUCGGUAUAUCUGUGUUGUCUACCAUCGUUAUGGUCAUCGGCGUUGUCGUCUGCUUCCUUCCCGCCAAAACUAACAGAGUUGCGCCAGUUCCAGACGACACUACUCUUGUCCAUAAUCACAGAUGACACUGAGACAGAUCGUGGAUCAACUAUCGACACCAAAUUUUGAAAGGGGUUAUACGAACACUUACGUUUCCCUGUGGUGUGGGGUGAUGCGAUAUGGGGGCAACGUCGCGUUCAAGAUUACUGCACUUAUAUAGCGACGUGCAUGCACGUGUGUGUGACUGCUUGUAGCUGACCGGUAUUAUGUCGGAUUUUCAUUGCUAGUCCACAGAAAUGCAAGCCGCAGUUUAACAUGGAUACCCCACAUGCAUACUGACACUGAGUCGACCAGGCAGGGUAACCACAAAUACCACAUUUUAACUUCUCUCAGUAUGACAUGGCCGGGAAUCGAACCACCGAUCGUCCGCACUCUGAACAGACGCUUGGUCGCUAGACCACAGAGAUGGUCACCCGAGAGAAUAAGACAAGAUGGCACAGAUGUGACUCGUGGCUUAGUUUACCACAGCCACAUUUGAAUGGGGUUACAUUGAAUAUUAACGUACCUCGUGUGAAAAAGACAAGAUCGUCAAGAAGUAACCCGGAUGUGCCGUGUCGAACAUAUGGGUGAUAGAGUGAACCACCGUUGAUUUUAAACACUGCAUUGGUAGGUCAUUAAUAGAGGAUAUAUCACUCUGAGGGUGACUGGAUUUUUGUAAAGAGACAACUUUAGUGUGAUAUAUGACAACUGGAAACAGAAUUGUUGAAUUGCAUCAUGUACCCGAUCCCAAUGGGUUCUUUGGACUUCAGAAGUGAAGAACGUUCCAUGUGAGAUUGAAUGGAUAUCGGUGAACACGACUGGUUUACAAUGUAUAAACUAAGACAGGUUACAGUCAGUAUUGCUGAAUGUGAGAAAUGUUGAUAUAAAAUGUCAGAGAAUCUGCCUGCACUGAUGUCCUAUGUAUUGCACAUUAUACACAGAAAUGACAAUACUAUUAUCACAGAUUAAAAUUAUCAUAAAUUAAUCAUCACAUUAUCAUUUGACUUCUUUCUCUCCCCGUUUAAAGAUUUUCCUCGUUUGGAUGCUUUCCAAUAAGAAUAAGUAUACCGCGUAAUUUGAUAUUAAACUGCCGGGUAAAAGAAAGUAUACAACCAUGU